AUGCCGGCCUUCCCUGAAGGCACCAAGUCGACUACCAUGACGUCUGGCGGUCGUCGUAAGGUGCACUACACCUUUCCGGACGAGUCAGAGAUGGUCGAGGAGUUUGACGUGCAGACAGACGCGCUGGUCGUGCGGAAGCGGCGAUCGAGGACCCUCCUCGGAGGGCAGGGUGAGUGGUCGUUUGAGGUGGGCGAGCCCUCUGCGCGCGUGACGAUCGAGGGCGACACGCUGCGCCCUUCCGCCGCCAACCCGGUACUCGUGCGCGUCGACCGGCCUCACGCCUUCGAGUGGCGCAUCCGCAACCUGCCUUACCCAAAGGCAACCUACUCGGUCUCGAUCGACCACGAGCAGCGGCAGGUGGUAGUGCGGACGGCGAACAAGAAGUACUUCAAGCGGAUCGAUAUCGCGGACCUCGAUCGCGCGCGGCUGCCGCUCGAGGAGGAGGCGCUCUCGUGGACGCAUGAGCCGGCCGGGGCGGGCACGCUCGUGCUCACGUACCGAAAGCCGGCGCCCAUCCUCAAGCUUGAGAAGGAGCUCAAGCUGGCGCGGCACCAGCAGGCGGACGAACCCGUCGUCGCGGCGGGGGUAGGAGGGGAGCAGCCGCCGGACUGCAAACAACAAUAA